AUGCAAUGUUCAUCCCUGGUAUCAACAAUAAUGGGCUCACCGAAACCGGAAUCGAAAGAUUCAUUACCGCUAUAUCGAACUGUUCCAAUGAAAGUUUCGCUGCUCUUGAAUAGCGAAAGCGGGGAAACAGUGGAAACAAUGCCGAUUAGCCCCGAUUCAUUGAAAGUGGAAAACGAACACCUGAUUUCACCUUCUAUCGCUAAGGAAAGCACGCCUGCUUCUGUUAAGUCAGAUGACUACGAGUCUGUCAGUGAUGAGCUCAAGAAGUUGACGUACACAAACCUUUUGAGGAGUCAUGUUCAAAAACGAUUGCCGGAUGUUGACUGGGAUGAAAUCGUGCGCUACGUUGAAACCUUGACAUUACCCACAGACUUUACGAAACCGGAAAUCGAGCUUAUCGUCCUGGAAUGGUACAAGGAAGGGCCAGUAAAUCACCGAAUGCUUGAAUAUGAAUGUUUUGCUCGCACGCGUCGGGAGAUCCAUCUGAAGAUCUGCGCUUUAGAAGAUCUUUACGGUCUAAAGAGGGAGGAGCUUGAAUGUCUGCAAAUCAUAGCAAUGGAAGUCUGCAAUGAGUUACAAUUGUUUCUCUUAAGUGAUAUCAAACCGAUGUUGCCACAUAUGUCGACUUCUAACAUAGCGGGAAUGAUAUCCAAACAUUACAAAUACAAAAAUCGUUGGCUGGAUCGUGAGGUUGAGUUUAUUUCCGAUUGUAUUGAGAGAGAAGAACUGCGUGAGCUGAUCUUAGAAGCUCUUGUAUUCAGAAAGCCUUACGAGAUCCGAAACAAAAUCGACUCAGUGAAGAGGAGACUCCGGAGACAAUCUACACCUCCUAUCAAGAAAGAACCUUCUCCGGUGGUAAUUGCUUACGAGAGUAAGCUUUCAGAGUUGAUGAACAGUGAUUUGACACUUACAGGGAUUCGACUGGUAAUGGGAUCGCGCAACUUGAACCGAGUUGUUCAGGAUAUUCAAAGUCGGAAGAAACGUGACAUUGCUUUACCCUUUACGUACCCAGAAACCGAGUUUCUACGCCAUAGUUUGACUAACAAUAUGCCGAUGGCUGAUAUAAUGAAAGAAUUGGUAAUCCGGUCGGAGGAAGAGGUGGUGGCCAAGCUUAAAACUCUACAAAUGGCUUGUGUUCGACAGAAAAAAUUUACAAAUACUGUUGAACGCUUAAUUUAUGAAGCUCAAUGGUAUAUGGCUAUUGCAGAUGGAGAAAGUGGCGGACGUCCCAAGAGACGCACUAGGAACAAUGUUGAACUUGACGAUCUUCGAAAGGAAGCGUUGACAAAAAAGAAAAAAGUUGAACGUACGUUGACUCCAGAAGAAAUUAGUGAAAAGCAAAAGCGCUCUGAAAUACGCACGCAGAGACGAAUUGAGCUGCUCCGAAGAAAGGCAGAAGAAAACGAACUCCGUAAGAAAAAGGCAAGUAUGCGUGGAAGAAAGCUCCGGAGUACAAGAAAACAGGAAGCUGAAUCUAGAGUGGCUGCGUUGAUUGAAGAGGCACGCUGGUUUCAAAGUGUUACAGGAGAUGGCACAUGUGUGAAAGAAGGUGAGAAAAGAAAGAGGAGACCUGUUUUCCAUUUAGUGCCAGAAUUCAAAAAUCGACAACAAUUGAAGAACGCACAGAAACGACUCGUGGAGAAGAAGAAAGAGGUGAAAAAGAAAAGAGGUCGUGGCAGACCUAGACGUACACCAUCUUCUGAUGUCGAUGAUAGCACCAGCGACUCGGACUCCGAAGACGAUUUGGAAAAACUUCAACACGCUAUUGAUAGUGAUGAGUCGGAUGAGUUUGCUUGUGUGAGCUCUUUUGAUCCUACCGACAUUAUUCAUGACUCAUUAGUUCCACUUAGUGGAAGACAGCUUUUCAACAACGCGAUCACAUCGGGCUCUGUCAAUCCACAACCAGUAUCCUUCAGCGAUGAUGUACUGGUUAUGAUACAAAGCAAUCAGUACUUACCGGUGAAUGAUACGGUUGCAGCGAAAGUUAUAAAAGAUCACAUCAAAUCAUAUAAACCAUUGGGAGCAUCUUUUCCACCAUUGUUUACGAGCGAUGUUAACGGCCUGGAUGUAAUUAACUCCAGAAACAUUAUUCACAUUCGUUAUUUGCUUUAUCCGCAACACACUGAACAGUUUGUCUUGGCAGCUCCUAAGAGCAACGAGUUGGAUCCAGUUUUUGAGUUGCAAAAAAUCUUUCAAAUUCACUAUGCCCUUUUCUUCUCACAUUCUUCCCUUAUCAAAGAUAUUAUCUAUGAGAACUAUUGCAAACUGUUGGAAAGAGCUGUCGAAGAGGACAACUUUUCCGAUUUCAUGACUAUAAUAGAUCAGUGGAAUACGCUUAUGUUAGCUCUUUCGCCUUAUCCAGUGAAGUUUGAUCCAUCAAUUGACAUAAAUGAGGCUAUCAGAUUAUAUUUACCCUCCAACUAUAAAUUUCAGCCCACCGUCCUGGACCUUAAGUUAGACAUUUUCUAUUAUGACGUUCUUUCAGCUGGAGAAAUCAAGGAUUCUGAUAAAGAAACAAGCAUUGACCGUGCAACUUCUCCUCUUAUGCGCCCAACAGGUCCUAUAAAAGAUGCUGAUUCUGCCAUAGCCAAUAUUAUCACUAGGUUCAGAAACCUUCGACCACUUUCUUAUCCUAACGCUUUUAUACGGCUGUUGCAAAGAGUUUCAGAGAUCUCAAGAUUUGCCAUCCAACAAAUACUUCUUCGGGCUUACACGAGAAUCGUUUCUCCAAAUUCACGGAAACUCAGAUCGUACAAAGCUUUUACAGCCGAGGUCUAUGGAGAACUUCUUCCAUCGUUUGUCAGUGAAGUUUUAACCAAGGUGGACUUGAAACCUGAGCACAGUUUUUAUGAUUUGGGGUCUGGAGUAGGGAAUACUACUUUCCAAGCUGCACUAGAAUUUGGUGUGAAAGAAAGUGGGGGCUGUGAAUUAAUGAAUCAUGCUUCGGAAUUGACCUCUUUACAGGAAAUAUUUAUGCAGAAGCAAUUAAUUGUUUUUGGUCUAAAGCCGCUACCUUUGCAUUUUGCUUUGAACCAAAGUUUUGUUAAUAAUCCGGAGGUCAGACUGAAAUGUGUCGGCUGCGAUGUGCUCAUUGUCAACAAUUAUCUUUUUGAUUUUCCACUCAAUGUUGAAGUAGGGAAGCUAUUAUAUGGUAUGAGGCCGGGUUCAAAGAUUAUAAGUUUGAAAAAUUUCAUCCCACCUAGAUAUAAAGCAGGCACAGAAAAGACAAUAUUUGACUAUUUGAAAGUUGAGAAGCAUGAAAUGAGUGAUUAUCUUUCUGUUAGUUGGACUGCUAAUAAAGUCCCCUAUUAUAUUUCAACUGUUCAGGAGUCUGUGCAACAGGAGUAUGUUUAA